UUUGCUCAGGGCGCGGUGGAAUCCAUCGCCAUGAAGAACCCCAAGGAGCGCACGGCUCUCUUCGAGGAGAUCAGCCGCUCGGGCGAGCUGGCCCAAGAGUACGACAAGCGCAAGAAAGAGAUGGUGAAAGCCGAGGAGGACACGCAGUUCAACUACCACCGCAAGAAAAACAUCGCCGCCGAGCGCAAGGAAGCCAAGCAGGAGAAAGAAGAGGCCGACCGUUACCAACGCCUGAAGGACGAGGUGGUUCGCGCCCAAGUCCAGCUCCAGCUCUUCAAGCUCUACCACAACGAGGCCGAGAUCGAGAAGCUCAACAAAGAGCUGGGCUUGAAGAACCGCGAGAUCGACAAGGACAAGAAGCGGAUGGAUCGCGUCGAGGACGAGCUGAAGGACCGCAAGAAAGAGCUGGGCAAGAUGAUGCGGGAGCAGCAGCAGAUCGAGAAAGAAAUCAAGGAGAAGGAUUCGGAGCUCAACCAGAAGCGGCCUCAGUACAUCAAGGCGAAGGAGAACACGUCGCACAAGAUCAAGAAGUUGGAAGCGGCCAAGAAAUCCCUCCAGAACGCCCAGAAGCAGUACAAGAAACGCAAAGGCGACAUGGACGAGCUCGAAAAAGAAAUGGUCUCGGUGGAAAAAGCCCGGCAGGAAUUCGAAGAGCGCAUGGAAGAAGAAAGUCAAAGCCAAGGGCGCGACUUGACCUUGGAGGAGAACCAG